UCUUCCAGGGAUCUACAUUCUACUCCUUUCACUUAGCUAUCCCUGUUUAACCCAUACAGUACAUUGAACUCCUGUAACAAUCUUAGAUAGAAAAAAAUGAAGAAAUAAAUAAAGCCUAAUGCUGGGGGUUUGUGUGAGACGCCAGUGUUUACUGUAAGAAGCAGAGCUCUUGUCACUAUCCACAUGGCUUUCCCAAGCUUCAGUCCCAGCUGCAGUGACAGCAGUACUGUCACCUGCAAGGCAAGCAGCUAUCAAUACGGGACAGGGGAUACUGAAAACUUGUCUGCUACAGGCCACCUGCUGGUAGCUGUGUUCCUUGGAAUCGUUGGGAGUUUGGGCUUCUUUAAUAACCUGCUGGUACUUGUCCUCUUCUGCAACUACAAAAUACUGCGUUCUCCCAUAAACCUACUUCUGAUGAACAUUUCCAUAAGUGACCUGAUGGUGUGCAUCUUGGGGACCCCGUUCAGUUUUGCUGCAAGCACGCAGGGACGUUGGCUCAUAGGAAAUGCCGGCUGCAUCUGGUAUGGAUUUAUCAACACACUUUUUGGAACAGUUUCUCUUGUGUCCUUGGCUGUUCUGUCGUAUGAGCGAUACUGCACUAUGUUAGGCAGCACAGAAGCAGAUGUCACAAACUACAAGAAAGCUUGGGUGGGAAUCCUGGUUUCUUGGGUUUACUCAUUAUGCUGGACUAUUCCUCCACUUUUUGGCUGGAGCAGCUAUGGACCAGAAGGACCCGGAACCACCUGCUCCGUGAACUGGCACUCUCAAGAUGCCGUUAACACAUCAUAUAUUGUGUGCCUCUUUGUCUUCUGCUUGGCCCUUCCUUUCGCUGUCAUCGUCUACUGCUAUGGGAAGUUACUUGUUGCCAUCAAACAGAUCAGCGGAGUAACUAAAGGAACGGCACGCACCCGAGAACAGAGGGUUCUUGUUAUGGUCAUAGUGAUGGUAAUCUGUUUUCUGCUCUGCUGGUUACCGUAUGGUAUCAUGGCAUUAAUUGCUACGUUUGGAAAGCCAGGUCUGAUUACUCCUUCAGCCAGCAUCAUACCUUCUAUACUUGCAAAGAGCAGCACUGUGUAUAACCCCAUCAUCUACAUUUUCUUGAAUAAGCAGUUUUACAGAUGCUUCAUUGCUCUUCUUCGGUGCAGUGAGGGGCCCCAAACUUCCAGUAACAAAUGCUCUUCCAAAACAACAAAAAUCUGCUUGACCCCACGUAAGGCACCAAAUAACAACAUUACCUUUAAUGCAGCUUCUACAAAGCCUCCAACUUCUGAAGAAGAUAAAGCUAGAGACAUUGUUACUGGCUGCCCCUCGCAUGGUGUGGUUGAUUGCCAAAAAGAACAUGCCGUGACUUUAGUGGCUCAUUAUACUCCUUGAAGUUCUUCUGUUUGGAUGACUAGAACAGGCUGGAUGACGUAUGAUGCACACAGUCUGUUUGCCCUUUGCAGGAGAUGCUAAAGUUGAAGAAUAGGGCAGAGCGUCUCCACUGGAGCAAGCCUGAAUCAGCCAUAUUUUUUACUUGUCAAAAAUGGUAACAUCUCAAAGAACAGGAUAAAGUUCCAUUGGCUUCUCUGCUGUUCAAAAACAAGACUUUUGGCAUCCAUGUGGGUGGAUUUAACAAUAAUACUGUGUCCUACAAAGAUCUAAUGGUGAGUUUUACUUGUAACCCACGUCUUCAUUAAAUGAAUUGUAGUUUGCUGGAAAUUGUUUUUAAAAUACGGUCUAUCCAAAGUGGGAAUGUAGCCAUGAUUCUGUAUUCUAUGUUUCUUUGGCUUAUGGUUUAAUAUCUGCAGGGAGGCAAAGGUUCAUCAAAUAUAACAGAACGAGACUGUCCAUAAAGUAACAUUCUGUCUUUAAUACUUGACCAAGUAAACAAACAUUGAAGUUGAGAUUUAAAAUGUGCUUCCCUCUACAAAAGGCCUGCGGCGGAGGAUCAAAGAACUUACAACUUAAAGUCUGCAGGGGCUGGAAGCUUGAAAACUGUGUUUUUAAAGGGAAAAAAAAAUCUAUAUUUAUAUGAAAAGAGCAGGAGUAAUGUCUGACUCUCAAUCUGUUCAUCAAUGUUUGAAGUAAGUGUUAUGAGUUUGUUUGCAAAUUGUGUGUGCCUAUUGAAGAACACACUGUUUAUGUCAGCAGGGCAAAAUCUACAAUCUUUAGUCUUGUGUUGUUGUCAUUUUUAAACACCAUGUUUAAGUCUGCAGACUUUUGUGUAUCUGUAUUA